AUGUUCAACUAUCAACAUCCCAGUAUUGUUCCUUCAUCUCAAAGGAAUAUAGCUGCUGAUGAGAACGCUGGUAUUGCUCCAACCGUGAACAAGCCUAUCCACACGACGAAUAUACACCCAAUCAAACUCUCCAAACCAUAUAUCUCGAGCGUUUCUUCCAAUACUCAACAACAAGGCACACAAAGAACAUGUUUAGGUGAUAUCUCCAAUCAGGUACACCUCUUGCAAAAGUCUGUAGUACCUGCAAAACCUCAAGUGAUCAAACCAAAUUUACCGAAUACUGCAUCGACCACAUCGAUGAGCAAUGUACCUAUUAUUACUACGUUGAGCUCCACCACAACGAGGCUCAUGUCGAAACCACCGCAUCGACUCGGAACCACCACCACCACCUCUACCACCACAACGACCAUGACGACUGAUACAACCUCCAUCCUACCCUCGAAUAGCAACAACAUAUCCACCACUUCCACAACUAGCAUUCUUACUUGCGCUCUCAAUGAACACAAAGACCAUACAUCCCUCAUUCCCUCUGUAUUGACUCUUCAAGAACCUUCCACUCUGUCUUCCCCUCCUCCAAGAAACAAGUUCAACCAUUACUGA